AUGAAUACUAACAAUAAAAUAAGGCAACAUAUUGUCAAUUUAACAACAACAACAACAACAUCAUCUAAUGGAUGGCAGACUAUUUCAACACAUUCGCCGGAUGAUGAUCAUUUAAGAAAAAUAUUGGCUUAUGCAAUACCAUUAUCAUGUUUUACUAUAGUUCUUAUUGUUGUUAUUUUUAUUGGUAUUCGUCAACGUCGUGUUAUUCUAGAAAAAUGGAUUUCAUUAAAACGAAUGAGAAAUACAAAUCCAAAAUUUCUUCAAAAUACUGGUUUACGACGUGAUUCAGAAUUUGACUCAUAUAAUCAUGAUCAUGUAAAAUCAAAAUUAAUGAAUCAAAAAAAUACAAGUCAUCAAAAACCAGAAUAUCCUUUAGAAACAAUUGCUUAA